UUUAAUCGCUGCCUCUACUUCCAUUUACAUUUUCUGAUCAUGGCGCAGGGCGGAGUGGUCGUGGACCGUGACCAGUUCAACUGUUCGGUAUGUCUGGACGUGCUGAAGGACCCCGUGACAAUCCCGUGUGGGCACACUUACUGUUCCGAGUGUAUCCGGCGAUACUGGGAUCAGGACGAGUACAUCGGGGUGUACGCCUGCCCGCAGUGCAGGCAGACCUUCAGCCCCAGGCCGCUGCUGGGCAAAAACACCAUGUUAGCCGACGUCGUGGAGAAAUUCAAAACCACGAGCCUCCAGAUGGCUGCGGUCCCGAGUCUGGCCGGACCGGAGGACGUGGAGUGCGACGUCUGCACUGGACGGAAGAGCAAAGCCGUCAAGUCGUGCACGGUGUGCCUGGCGUCGUAUUGCGACGCUCACCUGCAGCCUCACUACGAGUCGGCCGCUUUCAAGAAGCACAAACUGAUGGACGCCUCCAAGAAACUGCAGGAGACCCUGUGUGCCCGUCACGGCAAGCUGCUGGAGGUGUACUGCCGCACGGAUAACCAGUGUAUAUGUUUCCUCUGUUUGGCAGACGAACACAAGGGACACGACACGGUGCUGGCUGAGACAGAGGUGCAGGAAAAACAGACCCAGCUUUGUGAGAUGAAACUGAGUUCUCAACAGAAGAUUCAGGAGAGAGAGAAAGACGUCCAGGAGCUGAGACAAGCCAUCUUGUCUCUCUGUCGCUCUGCUCGGGCAGCGAUUGAGGAGAGUGACAGGGUCUUCACUGAGCUGAUCCGCUCCAUUGAGGUGAAGCGCUUUGAGGUGAGGGAACUGCUCCGAGCCCAGGAGAAGACGGCUGUCAGCCAGGCUGAGGAGCUGCUGGAGAAGAUACAGAGGGAGAUUGCAGAGCUGAAGAAGAGAGAUGCCGAGCUGGAGAAGCUCUUGCAUGCUGAGGACCAAAUCCAUUUCCUCCAGAGCUGCCAUUCUGUCCCUCUUGCACCUGUAUUAGAAAACCUGCCUUCAGUCACCUCCGACCACAACCUCAACUUUGGCCCAGUGAUGACAGCUGUGUCCGAUUUUAAAGGUCUGCUACUCGAAGUCUGUCAGGGAGGAUUUGUCAGCAUCUAUGAGACAGUGAGAGAUGUGGAGAUUGUAAAUUCUCAGAAUCUUGGCGCUCCACAAAAGCCAGAACUGCCAGCCCAAGCGACCCCGGUAACUGGGUUAGACCAGGCUCCUGUCAGCCCUUUUAACCCCUUCCUCACUCCAGGCUCUACGAUUCCCUCAUUUGGUGGCUUUGCUUUGUCACCAUUCGAGCUCGCUGGCAACAUAUCCCAGCCUGUUAUCCCGGUUGUUGAUGUCAGCAACGGAGCUACUCCAUCGACUAGGAAACGUCCUGCAAGACCCAGCUUGGGAUGCUGUCCACUUAACAUCCCCACGAGCAAGCGUUUACGAGUUGAGCUCACCAACUCCACACCACCAUCCUUUCGGCCUUCAGCUUUCCAACCACCCUCUUUCACUCACUGCGAGGAGCCCUUCACCACUAUCACAGGGGUCUCUACCAUGGUGAGUGUGGGGGCUGAUACAGAUGACCUUCAUCAUCAAAAUCUGAUAAUCAACAAUAGAGGAUGCCUCAACGGCCAGCGAGAAAUCCUUGUGGCUGGUGAUUCCACCUCCAGGCUCCAAGCUCUCCACGGCUUCCAGACCCUCCAGGCACCUUCAGCGACGUUCCUACUCCAGGAGGAAAUAGCCCACGAGAUGGAUGUUUAAGUUAAUAUGUUAAAUUCACAUUUUGAAAUGCUUUGAAAACACAUUGCUCCAUUUCUCAUCUUCCAUAUAAGACUGAUGGAUUUGAAUGAGCCUUGAAGUAUUUAGUAUUUUGGCAACUUUUGGUUUUGCCAAUGUAUUUGCAAUGGCACCAGUGGGAUCAGUAAGAAACUGACAUACAAACCCAGUUUACAGUGCCAUUGAUGAUCAAAGCUGAACUAACAUUAAUUUCAUUUAGAUUUACUGUUACAUAAGCAGUGCCUAAUUACAUUUCAGCAUAUGGCACUGAACCUGUAUUGUAAGUUUUAUUUCUUUUAUAUAGUAAUGCUUUUAUAAUAAUUUCUUCUUAUUUAACCAAAUCUGUGAUAUUAAUUUUGCAUUGCUGACAAUGACAAUUUGUAACAUGCUAUAAAAAGCAGAAC